AGUACAGUGCUGAGUCUUUUAUUUUGACGUGUUGCUCGGUCGGCUGUGUGUCUUAAAAGUUUUGUGCAGUUUUCUUCACCAAAAUACCCAAUAUUUCGUGCAAUUUCUGUGCCAAAAGCACUUCAAUCGGAUGUCUGAUACAAUGGACAAUGUGGAGAUUGAGGGGGAAAAGUGGGGAUUUCCUCUUAAAGAAAUUUAUCGACUUGCACUGAAAUUCUACAAAGAGAAACUAGGCAAAGCUGUGUACAUCAGCUACGAGGAUAACCUGAAACUGGUGGCAUUUACCCAGCAGACCACGCAUGGACCUCUGGAUCCCGACAAAACACCCCCAAUUGGUGUUCUCGAUGUCAUUGGACGCGACAGACGCUUAACAUGGCAGCAAUUGGGGGACAUUGGCAGAGGUCAGGCAAUGCAAGGAUUUAUCGAUCUCUUGGAUCGUCUUUGUCCCACGUUCAAGCCUUACGCCGAGGCCAUCCGGAAGGACAAGGAGGAAAAACUAAAGCAGGCUGAGCAAGACCAACAACUUGAGCGAGAACGACAAGCACUCGAACAGUUACAGCUGGAGGAGCAGAAGCGAAUAGAUGACGAGAAAAAUAAAGCAGAGCAGCAGAAGCGGCAGCUGCAAAAUGUGCUCAAUCAGCAGACAUUUCAUCAAUUCAAAGCUUACGCUGACAAACAAUUUCCCGGAAAUCCCGAUCAGCAGGCCCAUCUCAUUCGACAGCUGCAGAAUGAACACUAUCAUCAGUACAUGCAGCAACUUCAGGCUCAGGUUCUGCCCAGCGAGAGCAAUGCAGAACCUUCGAAAGUGGGCAGCACGGAGAAUCUGCUCGAGAGCGCCGAAAUGGCCACGGAGGCGGAGGAGAGUCAAUGCCAAAGUGAUAAUGAGGAAUCUAGUGAGUAUCCAGUGAUAAGUCGAGCCAGUAUGUGGACACGAUCCGAUAUGAAAGCCUUCAAGCAAGAAGUUUCAGCCGGAUCCGGCGAUGGGGUCAUCAGAGUAGGACAUGGAGACACUGUAACGGUCCGUGUUCCAACACACGAGGGAGGUUCCUGUCUGUUCUGGGAAUUUGCCACUGAUAGCUAUGAUAUUGGCUUUGGGGUGUAUUUUGAGUGGGGCAAGACAAAUACUUCAGAGGUGUCCGUUCACAUAAGUGAGAGUGAUGAUGAGGAUGAUUUGGGAGAGGAUGAGGAGGAUCUCGAUUCAUCUGAUAUUGCCACAGUGGAUGACUUAGAAUCCGGCCCAUUGCAGACAAUUGUUCCAUCUUCAAUGCAAAAUAAACCCCCCAUUUCCAUUAUAGUUCCCAUCUACCGUCGUGAUUGCCAGAAUGAAGUUUACGCUGGCUCUCAUGUUUAUCCGGGUGAGGGGGUCUAUCUUCUCAAGUUUGACAACUCUUACAGCUUGUGGCGGUCCAAGACCCUCUACUACCGAGUAUUUUACACUCGAUAAUUUCUAUGACACACCAUGCUAAUCAAAUAUCAAUGUUAUGAGCACUUAAAUGGAACAGAAAAGUGCAAUGAAAUUGAUGAAUAAAUGUAUCAAUGUAAGCAAA